GGUGCUGCACGUCAUUGACAAAAUUCCCAGAUUUACGCUCGCGAGCAUUGUUGGACUUAGAUUCGCACAUCAGACGACUUACAGGCCUUUGUCGAAGAAACAAGAACAAAACAUGUCGGAAAAGUACGUCCUCCGCAUCUCGGCGGGCUCCAGCUACGACGAGUCGGACCAUGUCGUCGUGCCCAUCAACAGCGUCGAUCCCAUCUCUAUCAAAGGCGACAAAGGCGAUAUUGAGCUCAACGUAAGAAUACAGGGCUACAAUGGACUGCCCAUUAACUCGCCCGACACAUCGCCGUACUUUUCUACCGAACCCCAUGCCUACAACCAGGACCAGUACAGCAUUUCGCUCCGCUUCACCCCGCACAAGUCCGCCUCUGCCGGCGCCGACGAUGCGGGCAUCAACGGAAACGAUCUCCAGUUUGGAAACGACUUUGACCGGCCGAUCCGCGAUAGACUGCCGCCCGGCUUCAACACGGCACUGAGCAUCGUCAAGUGGUGGAUCGAUCCUGGACUGGACGGCGACGCCUAUGCAGAUAAACCCUACCUGUACGGCCCGGCGCUAAGCUCGUUCAACGUCAUGCAUGUCGGACAGGGCGAACUCGACAAGGAAAAGGGCGGCCUCUGGUUCGAAGAGGGUGGCGACGAAGAAGGCCAAAAGGCGCGUGACGAGGUCGGCAUGCCCGUCACAGGUAAAGCCAGAAUGAAGUGGGCGUUGACGGACGCCAAUAAGGAGAAGUGGACGUUUGAGUAUGGCAAGACGUACGGAUUCGACUUUUUCAACCCAUACAUUGACUUUGCCAAGUUGGCUCUUAAGCUGCCUGGGUUCCAGUUGUCUCUUGCGAGCUACUGGGACGGCCAGCCCGUUAGGUCAGACAGGCGCUCACACAGGCUUAGAUAUGUGUUGCGGAAUAAGUCGACAGAGGAGGUGUACAUGGUGAUUGUGUUUACGCUGUUCUUGAAGGAGGAUAUCAACGAAAAUGGGUCGAUUAAGGAGGGUGCUGAGCAGCGUAUUGCGGAGAGUGUUGGUGCUGUUGAACAUGAGGAGCAUGAUGAGGAGGAGGCGCUGAAGAAGGCGAGAGAGGAGCUGGGCACACCGCCGCACGAGACUAGCACGGAUGAUGUGGAUUAAUCACGAUUAAUAGUAACGAAUUUAUGAAGAACAGGAAAAGCAAUAAAAGUAUGGCGAUACGCUGAGUUGAAGUGUUGCACCGCGCUGUGUGUUACCAACGUUAGGGGUUGGAAGUGUUUCAUUGUUGUAUACAGAUGGACAAGCCAAUAAACCCAGCUCCCCAGUUUGAGAGGUCCAGUAGUGCCUUGGGUUUCACCGUGAAGU